ACUCUACAGUCUAAACUCUUCGAUUUUUUUUCGAAUUUCAAAAAACUGGAUAUAUUUUUUCAAUUUAAAGCUGCAAUUACAUUCGAAAUUUGGUGUUCAUUGAACAAUUUCAGCAAUUCGAUGUAUGCUUAGGCGAAAUUCAGAGGAAAACGUCCCUCAAAAAGUGAAGAACUUAGUGUGGAGAGCUGUGAGUAACAGCCUCCCAACCAUGAGCUUGCUGGCUAGUAGAGGUAUGAGUGUUGACCCCAGGUGCCCGAGGUGUGGCGAGGCCAUGGAAACCAUACUACACAUGGUCCUGCAGUGUAGCGAGAGCAAGCUGAUCUGGCUCCUCUCCCCAGCUAGAAUCAGUGAUGGUGUUGCACUUGAGGGAGGGUCUUUCAGUGAGUGGUGCCUGGAUAUGAGCAAGAAGUGUAAGAUGGCUCGCUCAUGGGAGAUCGUCAUGAUGUUUGUGUGUCAAAUAUGGAACCUCCGUAACCUGUGGACCUACGAAAGGAGAAAGAUGGAUCCAAUGCUGGCCCGUCACAGAACACUUCAGCUAUUAGGGGAGUAUGAGGUUGCCCUUGAGCGCAAACAACCUGUUUCUCCUCCUGUGGAGCUGACCCCUACGAGCUGGCAGCCCCCUAGUGCAGCCACUUUCAAGCUCAACACGGAUGCAGCGGUGAGAGACAACAAGACUGGUCUGGGUAUGGUUGUGCGAGAUGGUGUUGGCGAUGUCCUCAUGUCUGCUGGCCUAUGUACUGACGUCUGCUGCUCUGUGCUACAAGUAGAAGCCGAAGCAGUUCGUUUUGGUCUCAAGUACUCGCUUGAUGCAGGAAUGCGGAGCUUGGAAGUUGAAUCAGAUUGCCUCCCCGUAGUCCAACUACUGAGGAUGAAAAAGAGAGAGAGAUCUCCAGCCCAAAUGAUAGUGGAUGAUAUACUUUCCAUGGCCAGUAAUUUUGAUUACUGUGAGUUUAUUUUUGCAAAUAGAUCAUGUAAUAAAGUGUCUCAUGCUAUAGCCAACUCUUCACUCUCAUUUAGUGAAGUGAGGGUAUGGAUGGAAGAACACCCAGCUGAUGUGUUACCUCUUGUCACUGCUGACAAGAAUUUCCUUUAUCAAUGAUAUUUCGCAUUCUUCCCGUCAAAAAAAAAAUAUCAGUUAAAAGUAAAUAAAAUA